GCUGAGCCCCUACGAGUGGUACAACCCCCACCCCUGCCUGCGGGAGCGGCACAACCUCCUGGAGAACCAGUACACCUUGGGCAACAGCCUCUGGUUCCCCGUGGGGGGCUUCAUGCAGCAGGGCUCCGAGAUCAUGCCCCGCGCCCUCUCCACCCGCUGCGUCAGCGGGGUCUGGUGGGCCUUCACCCUCAUCAUCAUCUCCUCCUACACGGCCAACCUGGCGGCCUUCCUCACCGUGCAGCGGAUGGAGGUGCCCAUCGAGUCGGCCGAUGACUUGGCUGACCAGACCAACAUUGAGUACGGCACCAUCCACGCCGGCUCCACCAUGACCUUCUUCCAG